CCGAUGGUCCAGUUGCAGUCACGGUUCGGAGAGUUUUCACGUGGGUCCACUGAGUUGCGAAACAAAGGGAGCAAAAAGAACAAGAUGAACUGCCUUCCUGUAAUACUUGUCGCUGCUAUGACGCUGGCAGAAUCACAGUGUGCCAUCUUACACGGACAAAACGAAAGUCCAGUGACACUUCCUAACGACCUACUGAUCGGCGCAGGCGUGGCUGCUAUACAGGUUGAGGGGGCGUGGGAUGAAGAUGGUAAAGCGGAAAGUAACCUGGACCACUUGUUUCAUCUUGGGCGGUUGUCCUCCCUGGGCGCAACGGACCCGCACGCUCAUGACGUAGCAGCAGAUAACUACCACCGUUACAAGGAGGAUAUCAAAAUGGCAGCGGCCCUCAAGCUGCAGGUUUACCGUUUCUCUUUGUCAUGGCCACGGAUACUGCCAAACGUCACUGCUUCGAAGCCAAAUCCGAAAGGAGUUCAGUUCUACCAUGACGUGAUUGAUGAAGUGCUGCGCUACAAUAUGACGCCAAUGGUCACUGUUUAUCAAUUCGACCAUCCACAAGUACUUGAAGACCAGUUUAAGGGUUGGUGGAGCCCGAACAUGAUUCCCAUCUUCAAAGAGUACGCCCGCUUCGUUUUUAAUGAAUACGGCGGAAAGGUGAGGUACUGGACGACGGUGAAUGAACCGAAUAUACAGUGCACAUACUUCGCACAGGCCGGCGUUAUCUCUGGUUUGUACACGGAAGACGAAGUGAGCAACCACUUCCAAUGCCAGCGUAAUCUUUUACUCGGACAUGCCGAGGCAUACCACGUGUUUAAGGAGGACAAACACGAAGGAAUGGUGGGUUUGACCAUACUUAAUCUACCAGCAACACCAAAUUCAACAAAUCCAGAAGAUGUGUACGCCGCGGAAGCAGUCAACAGUUUGUAUGCGGGAACUAUUUACCACCCGGUCGUGUUUGGUGACUACUCACAGAUUUCCAAAGACCUGGCUGGAGAAGACCUUGCACCAUUUACCGAUACCGAAAAACAACUUCUUCAAGGAAGUUCGGACUACAUUGGGGUUAACGUCUACAAUGGCGGGAAGGCCGGCUGGAGAAAACCAACAGCAGACGAGGCAGAGGCCGCAGCUUUACUUUUAGGAAAAACAAUGAAGUACCUUCCCAAUGUUGCUCUUGACAUAACCAAUCCACAAUCGGUGCAGUUCUUUGAAGGGAUUCAUCCUGAAUACCUACACAACGCCGUGGCGUGGGCCUGGAACACGUAUAAGAAACCACUAAUUAUUACUGAAAAUGGAUGGUGUGAUGUUAGUGGUCACGGAAUGAAGGACGAGCUGAGAGCAGCUUACUACAGCGCGUCACUUCGAACACUAGUUUCAACCAUGAACUCCUGUGGGGCUAAGGUUAUUAGUUUUUGUGCCUGGAGCCUUAUUGAUGCCUUCGAAAUUAAUGGCAGCAUGGGCCGUCAAUUUGGUAUAGUGUACGUUGAUUACGCUAACAAGACGCUUAACCGAAGCUUCAAAGAGUCGUCUCAAUUUUGGGUAGACUUAGCAGCGACAAGAUCGGUACCUUUUAUCAAACCAGAAAGCAGCACUGCAUCAUCAAUAUCAUCGAACCUCUUAACCUGGGCGUUCGUGACCCUGCUCACAGCAGCACGGCGAUAACGCUCGAAGCACGUUGAAGAUUGCGACACGACGUGUUACUUAGAUGAUCCUAAGAGCCCCUUUUUCCACUCACGACUUGUACAAAUGGAAAGAAUAAAAAUAUUUAUUUAU